AUGCCAAUCCUUAGAGGAAGUCUAUUUCAACGUCGGAACCGCAAUUGGUUUGGAAGAGGCAAACAAGAAAGAACCAAGAAACACGAAAGAACAAAACCAGACGCGUUCACCCUAUCGACCAUCACUGAAACUGAAGAUGACGAUAUAAAUUCCACCACGACUGAAAACUACAAUGAUCGCCUUCCAACAUGUAUUUCCUUCUUAUCCAAUGAUGAUACCGACCACCAUCGCGAGGGCCUCAACCAACUUCUAGAAAUUGUCCGAGAUAAAAAACAGCUUUCACAAGAUGCCUCCAUGUCACUGAUAUAUGGAGAGAGUGACGUAGGAAAGAAGCUGCAGCUUGUUUUUCUACCAUUUCUCACUGCUAAAGAUAACGAUGAUGAUGACGACGAUGAUGAAAUUGAGCUAAACGACGAGGUCAAUGCUAAUGAUUAUGAAUCGCCGUCUCUGUACUUUUCGGAAAGCUCUGAAGAGUUUGUCUAUGAAGAUGAAGAUGACUUGAUUCCACGCGGAUUAGGAUCGGGGAGGCAUCAUGAAGCAGCACUUUUGAUUCUCCUCUAUGCUCUCGGAACAGUAUCCAUACUGUCUGACGCGAAGAAGAAGAGAUCCAUUGAUUUUGCAUCUCCAUUCUGGCAACCGAUGAUACAGACGGUUAUUGACAAUAUGGAGUCAAAUUACACCGAAGGGAUCACAACAAUGACCCUAUCUUGCUUACGAAUAUUAUAUACACUGGAACCAGCUGUUGUGGGGCCAUUCCUGAAGCACCUCCUACUACCAUACAUAUCAUCUCUUCGAGAGUAUGGACAUCGACACGAACUUCCAAUCAUGCAGCGCGAAGCGUCAAGCUUACUAUCGUUAACAGCUUCAAACUUCUCACCGCAAUAG